AUGUAUAUCCCUGAUUUCAGUCCAAUCGCGCAGACUCGAUUCAAUCAGCUUUUUGAAGUGCCAAAGUUGGAGAAAUGGUUUAAGAGCGACGCGAGUCCAAGCCGUCAGAAGCUUCUUAACUAUAUGAACAUCCUCAAUGGGAGCAGCUAUCGUCGCAAUCACCAGAAAAUAAGUUACCAACAGAUCUGUAACUGGUUUGCAAACCAACGGGCAUCCUCACGUCGACCAGCAUUAGCCGUUCCCAGUAUUCCGACGAUAUUGCCCGAUUUUCGACCCAAGUUUGACUUCAACAACAUUAUCGAAAGCUAUCAAAAGAGCAGUAAUGGAGACGAAAGUCGUAUCGACGGUGGUUCGGAUUCGCCAACUCCGAAUGACGAUGAACUGCACAGUAACAGUGAUGGGGCGGAAAUUUCAAUAAUUCAAUUUCAGGAAUCAACCGCAUCUUCGCCUGACUUGUCUGUGAUUAAUUCAAUCGCUAGCUCAUCUCCGAAACAUAUACCAAAUGAUCUCUCCAUGGGAAACAAUUUAAGUGGUAUGGGGAUUGGAUCUCAAGGUGUGAACGCAGCUCGUUCACGACUGAUGUUCGAUCCGUUGACAGAGUUGCCAAUUCUGGAGAAAUGGUUCGAAGAGAAUCCACAUCCUACGUGGAUGCAAAUCGAUCAAUAUACACAAAUGUUGAAUGGAUGUCCGUACAGAGAGAACUAUCCGCAUAUCAGUCAACAUAAUGUCAAGAUUUGGUUCAAAAAUCGUCGCGCCAAAUGCAAGCGUAUGCAGACCGGCAUGGUUGAGAAGUUGGAAAAAUUGUUUGCGUGA